CCCCCCGGGGCACGCGGCGCUCUGCCUGGCGCUGGCCGCGCUGGGGCCCGCCGCGGCCACGCGCCACGUGCACGUCCAGGUGCGCGGGGGCUCGGCCGCGGACUGGCGAGCCUCGAGGGACGCGCACGGACACGCUACGGAGAACGAGCACGUUGAGGUGCGUGGGGGCUCUGCCGCGGACUGGCGGGCCUCGAAGGACGUGCACGCGCACGCCACGGAGGCCGCGCACGCGGAGGCCGCUCACAUGGGCACCUCGCACUCCAUCUCCUUGAGGCGGCAGCUGUACCUCGACACGCACCAGCACCUCCAGUCUGUGCGGGGCAAGACCAACCGCAGCAACAACAGGAUCGUGCAUAAGACGGCCUACUACGGCACGCUCGAGAUCGGGUCCCCGAAGCAGGCAUUCACCGUCGUGUUCGACACGGGGAGUGGCAACCUGAUGGUGCCGUCCACGUACUGCAGCAGCAGGGCGUGCAAGAUGCACAGGCGCUUCGACCGCAAGGCCUCCUACACGGCGCAGGAUAUUGAGUCGGACGGGUCGCCCUCGAAGCCGGGUGCCGCCAGGGACGUGAUCACGGUCACCUUCGGCACGGGCGAGAUCAGUGGUGUCUUCGUGCAGGACGACAUCUGCAUCGGCAGCCUGUGCACCAACGUCCGCUUCGUCGGCGCCACCGACGAGACGGACGACCCGUUCACCUCGUUCAACUUUGACGGCGUCCUCGGCCUGGCCCUGCCGCAGAUGUCGCAGGGCCCCGAGUUCAGCGUGAUGGACCGGCUGCUCAGUGGCAAAGCGUUGAAGAAGCCGCUGUUCUCCGUGUUCCUCUCGGACUCCGCCGCGGAGAGCUCGGAGAUCACCUUCGGGGACAUCAAGCAGGAGCACAUGGCCUCGGCCAUGUUCUGGCAGCCCGUGUCCCGCGACACCGGGUACUGGCAGGUGCAGAUCAAGGACAUCGCCAUCAACCACAAGCCCCAGGCCCUCUGCGCGGGCUGCCAGGUCGCCGUGGACACCGGCACCUCCCAGCUGGCUGGCCCGACCGACGUGAUCAACGAGCUCUCGCGCCGGCUGCACGUGCAGAGCGAUUGCUCCAACUACAACGCGCUCCCGGAGCUCGGGUUCGUCAUCGGGGAGCACAUCCUGAACCUCAAGCCGCAGGACUACGUCGACAAAGGCAGCGACGGGUGUCAGGUGUCGCUGAUGCCCCUCGACGUGCCGCCGCCGAACGGGCCCCUCUUCAUCUUCGGGGAUCCGUUCCUUCGCAAGUACUACACGUCCUACGACCGCGAGAACAACAGGAUCGGCUUCGCGGCAGCUCGCCACACCGACGUCCCCGAGGAGGCCUCGUCUGCCCUCCUGGUGUCCCUCAACGGUGCGGGAGAG